GAUGUGUCCAAACCAUAUCAAUCAUCGGUCCUGUUUUUGGAUACCUGCUGGGGUCGCUGUGUGCCAAGAUCUACGUUGACAUCGGCUAUGUGGACAUGGAGACGGUGACGAUUACCCCUGGUGAUGCCCGCUGGGUGGGAGCAUGGUGGCUGGGCUACCUCAUCGCGGGCACCAUCACCCUCAUGUCUGCUGUUCCUUUCUGGUUCCUGCCUAAAUCACUGCCCAUGCCCGUGGACAAACACGAUACCAGCUGUACUCCAGAGCAAACCAGGUUUAUCAAAGACUCUCCGACCAUGGAGCACAAGUUCAGACCUGAGGAGCCGGCUAAUUUACAUCAGAUGGUCAAAGGUAUGAUUAAAGUCACACCAGCCUGUAUGGUUGGAAAAUUUGAAUGUUGAGUAAUGGUAAUCCGUAUGAAGUCAACAUGAUACCAACAGAAUGUUGGGUAAUAUUAUUACAUUUACAG